AUGGCUUUGCCCAGCAGCCGCAGGUUCAAGAGUCCCAAGACAUUGGCUUUCUUUCUAAUGGGUGUGAUUUUCUUGGUGCUGAACCAGUGGCUCCUCCAGGAGCACACGCAGGAAAAAGCCAAGGGUCCCAUGACCACUCCCGGGUCUUCCGCAGCUGCGGUGCAGCGUUCGCCUCUCCUUCAGGUGCCCCCCUGCGUGGCCAACGCCUCCGUGAACCUCUUGGCUGGCUUCCAGCUGCUGCCCACUAGGAUCCAAGACUUUCUGCGCUACCGCCACUGCCGCCGCUUCCCGCAACUGUGGGACGUGCCGCAUAAGUGCGCGGGGCCCCGCGGCGUCUUUCUGCUGCUGGCCGUGAAGUCCUCGCCUGCGCACUACGAGCGGCGCGAGCUGAUCCGGCGCACGUGGGGCCAGGAGCGCAGCUACAGCGGCCGGCAGGUGCGUCGCCUCUUUCUGGUGGGGACCUCCCCUCCGGAGGAGGCGGCUCGUGAGCCUCAGCUGGCCGAUCUGCUAAGCCUGGAGGCGCGCGAGCACGGCGACAUGCUGCAGUGGGACUUCAGUGACACCUUCCUCAACCUCUCACUCAAGCACCUGCACCUGCUCGACUGGACAGCGGAGCACUGCCCGGGUUUGAGCUUCCUGCUCAGCUGCGACGACGACGUCUUCGUGCACACGGCCAACGUGCUGAGCUUCCUGGAGGUGCAGUCGCCCGAGCGCCACCUCUUCACCGGGCAGCUCAUGGUGGGUUCUGUGCCCAUCCGCGAAAGCUGGAGCAAGUACUUCGUGCCCGAACAGCUCUUCUCGGGCGUAGCUUACCCUGCGUACUGUAGCGGCGGCGGCUUCCUUCUGUCCCGCCGCACAGCCCGCGACCUGCGCAGCGCGGCACACCACGUCCCGCUCUUCCCCAUCGACGACGCCUACAUGGGCAUGUGUCUGCAGCAGGCCGGCCUGGCGCCCAGCAGCCACGAGGGCAUCCGCCCCUUCGGCGUGCAGCUGCCUGGUGCGCAGCGCGCAUCCUUCGACCCCUGCGUGUACCGCGAGCUGCUGCUGGUGCACCGCUUCGCGCCGUAUGAGAUGCUGCUCAUGUGGAAGGCGCUGCACAACCCGACACUGCACUGUAGCCACAAACACGGUGCAGGGUCUUCCAACGCCAAAGGAGAGCUGAACCCCGAUUCACACUGA